CCAAUUGAAAAUACACUUUCCUUUUUUAUUGUUCUAGAAGACUUAUCCCUCUAUAAAGUAGCCACACUCUUCUGUCUUCUCUCAUCACCUCAUUCAUAUCUCUCUCAACCUGAACAUUUUCAUUUUUUCUAAAUCAAGAACUUCAAAUCUUGAAACUUUCUAAAAAGAUGGAGCUUAUUCCUGAUCUUCCCGAAACUGUAGCCUACGAGUGUCUCCUACGCUCCUCCUACAAGCAAUUCCCUCUUAUGGCCUCUGUUUGCAAACUCUGGCAGCGAGAAAUCAGCCUCUCUGAUUUUUUCCGACACCGGAAAGCUUCAGGACAUAGUCAAGAGCUUGUUGUCUUGUCUCAAGCUCGGGUCGACCCGGUUAAAGAACUCGUAUCGGGUAAUAAAACCAUCCCCACCCCCGUGUACCGAAUCUCGGUUCUUGAACUUGGUACCGGUCUAAGGAGCGAGCUGCCUCCGGUUCCAGGUCAUUCCAACGGGUUGCCUCUGUUCUGCAGAUUAGUCUCUGUCGGGUCGGAUCUUGUUGUAUUGUGCGGGCUUGACCCGGUUACAUGGCGUACCUCUGAUUCGGUCUUCGUUUUCAGCUUCUUGACCUCCACGUGGCGCGUCGGGAAGAGCAUGCCAGGUGGACCGCGUUCCUUCUUUGCCUGCGCUUCGGAUUCUCAACGGAACGUCUUUGUGGCUGGAGGACACGACGAAGACAAGAACGCGAUGAUGUCAGCUCUGGUGUAUGACGUGGCAGAAGACAGAUGGGCUUUCUUGCCGGAUAUGGGCCGUGAGCGAGACGAAUGCACAGCUAUUUUCCACGCUGGCAAAUUCCAUGUCAUCGGUGGUUACUCCACGGAGGAACAAGGGCAAUUUAGUAAAACUGCUGAAUCGUUCGACGUCACCACAUGGCGGUGGAGUCCACAAGGAGAAGAGUUUCUCUCUUCGGAGAUGACUAUGUGGCCUCCGAUUUGUGCUGCCGGUGAAAACGGAGAUUUAUAUGCUUGUUGUCGCCGUGAUCUGAUGAUGAUGAAAGAUGACACGUGGUAUAAAGUUGGGAAUCUACCUGCUGACGUGUGCAAUGUAUCUUACGUGGCGAUAAGGAGGUCUGGAAACCUGGUUGUGAUCGGUUCGGCUCGGUACGGCGAACCAAGUGUAGGGUAUAAUUGGGAUAUGAGCAAUUCUCGAUGGUUAAAACUGGAAACACAUGAUAAAUAUGAAGGCCACGUUCAAGCUGGUUGCUUCUUGGAGAUAUAAAAAAACUUUAGAAAAGGUUCCGAAUCUUUUGUACGUCGUCCUUGCGAAAUGACGGUAAAUUUGGUCGGUUGAUUUUGUCAAGUGUGACUGUAUAAAUAUUAUAUUGUUAUAGAUAAAUUUGUUAGCUUGAAUGUAAAAAAAUUAUUGUCGAGUGAUUUUAUAGUUUUUAAUCUUAUUUUUUAAGUUGUUGUGUGAUGUUACUAAAGUUAGUGGUAGAUUUUAUAUUUGGGUUGCCUAAAUUUUCAGCCAUGUACUAUUUGGAAUCUCAACUUUCCUACUUAAACUUUUAGCCACUUGAAAAACCACCAUAAACAAUUUUAAUCUCGAUAAAACUAUAUGUACUUUCGGAUUUGUUCUUAAAACUACGCCUCCAAUUGAACCGACCAGUUAACCGUUAAUUAUACAUCUGGUUUGACUUAUCCAUAAUUUAACCGAAAUUAAUUCGAUUUAACUCUAUUUUAGCCUAAUUUUGAC